GUCGCUUGUUGCUAAUCGCCAUUAGUUUAUCCGUGUGCCUGGCCUGUGGCAGUGUGUUGGUGGCCGCGAUUGCCCUGCGCCGCUCAGCCAACGCAACAGCAACACUAGCAGCAGCAGCAGCAGCAGCGGCAGAGGCAGCAGCAUCAACAGGGACAACAUCAACCGCAGCAACAACGCGCAGGAUACGGCAUAAACGUCGCUCGUCGCAACGACGGCGCAGCAACAACAACGCGGUGCUGUCAUCUGGGAUUGGGAUUGGCAUCGGGAUCGGGCUUGGACUGGAAACCAACUCGGCUCUGGCCCUGCCACUAGCAACACCAUCAACAUCGGGCUCCACAGCAGCGGAUCAGACAGCAGUAGCCGUAGCCGCUGCCGCUGCCACAGCAGCAGCAACAACAACAUCAACAGUAUCGACAGCAGCAGCAACAGAAGCAACAACACUUUUGCCAACCGAGCCGGAACAUUCUGUACCCAUGCUAUCGGUACAGACGGCCGGCUGCGCGGGAAUGGAGCGGCUCGGCGUUCCGACCCGCACAUCUUUGAGCACACCACCCGAUGAUAGGGAUCAAUUUAGAUGUAGAAUGCGCGUGGAUGCGCUCCAGGCACGUGAGCUUCUGGCUGUACGUGGCGAGACUGUGAUUCGUGGCGCCGGCAACAAUCAGCACCAGCAACUUCAGCAGCAACACCAUCUCCAUCACAGCAGCAUCAGCAGCAGCAACAAGCAACAACAUUCCCACCACCAGCAACAACGCAUGACAACUCCAAGCACGCACAACUCCGGCGGAGGAGGAGGCGGUGACCACCACCACCAUCUGAGCAGCAGCAGCAGCAACAACAACAAUAGUAUUAGCAGUAAUGUGGCGAGAGGCGGCAUUGAAGCCACCACCCUCAAGUACGGGAACACGGGCAGCGGGAGCGGGAGCGGGAGUGGUUGCUACAAGGGCGACUGCGGCAACUCCUCAUCCGGAUCCUCGUGCAGCUCGCUGCAGAGCCACAGCAACGACCACCACCAACAUUACCAGUACCAGCUGCAGCAGCAGCAGACGCCCCGCUGUCCCCAUCACGUACCACUGCCGGACAGCGAGUACGGACAGGAUCGACACCUGCAGAUCAGGAGCAGCUAUCAGCAAUCGGAGAUCACUAGAUCGUACACUAAGCCGCCGCCCAACAAGACGGUGCGGGAUGUGCCCGAGCAGAUCUCGGCGGGCGGCUGCGGCGUCUCAAGCUCCAGCUACCGUCUCACCACGCUCCAGGCCGCCUCCUCCACGUACACGCCCGCGGGCGUGUCAGUGUCCGCCUCCUCAUCGUCCAGCAAGUCUAAGCCGAAUGCCAUAACCAAGUUCUUCUCACGGAUCAGUUCGCCCAAGUCGCCGCCGCAGAGCUGUACGAUGUCCUCGGUGGCCGUUCCAUCCCCACCAUCGUCCGUGUCCAUGUCGUCGUCUGCCUCUUCGCUAGCCUCCUCCGCCGGUGUGUCCACCUCGUCGUCGGCCUCUUCGCUGGCCGCUGCCCCGCUGCCCACGCUGCCGGUGUCCAAUGCAUCGCUGCUGAAGAGCACGGCCUGCGGCUAUGGGACAAACCCCAGCGGGACGCAACUGCUGACCAGCCUGGGAACAGGAACGAGCGGCAAUUGUAGCCCCGAACGGAUACCCACACCGCCGCUGUCCGUCUCCGUGCCAAUCGGAGCUGGCCUGCAGCCGCUGAGGAGCAGCAGCAGCGGGAGUAGCACCAGUUCCGUCAGCCUACAAGCCGUCGAUACAGCAACAGCAACAGCCACCACUCAGUCUUCGUCUUCCUUUGCCGCCGGAGCGACGGGGGGAUCGGGAUCUCCCGCUGACCACGAUGAGCCGCAAUAAUUCCAACUCUAGCAUGAUGAGCUGCCACUGCAGCUGCAAUAGCCGGAAUUGCAGCCACUGUGCGGCCAACUCAUAACUGAGCUCGUGUUAAGUUUAACUACAUUAAAGAUCGGCGGUGGUGCAGAAACCACUGGAGAUUUUACAACAACAAGUUAUGUUUCAAGUGUUCACUUGCUCUGCUAUAACAUAAAAUACUAAAUGAUUUGCUCUUCACCAUUUGAAGUUUAGGAAAGAGUAGGUUCCAGGAUAAUUAGAAAAGUUUUAAUUAAAAGGGUAUCUAGAAUGAUAUCAUUAGAAAAAGAUUUUUAAACGUUUUCCUUUGAUUUCUUUUAUACCAAUCUUAAGAUGAAAAAUAAUGAACGUCGUCUUUGGUUUCUUAAUUAAAUGUUUCACAAUUAAUUUGUAACUUUGUCUUGCCCAUUGAACUUCCAUUUCAUUUUAAUCCAAUGCCAGAGCAAGUGACAUACUUUUAAAAGAUUUCCAACCAUUGUUAUGGAAUCUCCAGAGAUUUUUGCGGCACCUCAAUAUAUAUAUAUUUAUAUAUAUAUAUAUAUCUGCAUAUAUAUACACAUAUAUUUUUUUUAUGUUAGCCUAUGUUUAUCUAUUAUGUUAAAGUUUAACAGAUUUAUUUAAUGUAGGUCUGUCGCCAACUUUUGCGCUGGUACGAAAAGACUGUUUAUUAGUCAGAAUUUAAUUUGUAAAUUUGAGUAACAAGAGAGAAGGAAAGUUAGAGAA